UCUCCUCUGCCAGUGCCUCCAUGCUCCAGGGGAACACAGGUCCUCUACGUGAGGGGAGGCUUCCCUCUCACAGGAACUCACACCUGUGGGCACGAAGCUGGGAGGCCCACCCCCUGCCUGGGUUAUGCAGGGGAAGGCGAGGUGACUGGGUAGAGCGUGCCCUGAGAGGUGGCUGGGCUGGUGGCCAGCUGUGCAGAGAGACCGGGAGGUGGCAGAUCUGCGGGGCGUCCAGUCGCUGCCUCCAUGUUCUCGUGCUGGGCGGGAGGAGCGGAUGUGGCUCGGGAGGCAGCCCGCGCUCCAGUCCCCAUCCACCCACAGGUUUCUUGGAGAGAAAUCUGAUAAAAUUCCUGGGUUAAUAUUGUUAAAAAUGGAGAGUUUUUUAAAAUGCUUUUUCCCUUGAAAAUGACCUUUUAUACUUCGAAGCAGUUUGUCCACCAGCCUAGUGCUUUUUCUUUUCUCUUCUUUUUCUACGGUAAACGAAAGCAUUUCUUCAAGAAGAAGGCACAGGUUCCUUGAACAGUUCUUCAGUUUUGGAACUCAGACUGGCUUUCCUUGAUCUUCAGCCUGCAGAUGGCCUAUUGUGGAAUCUCGUGAUUGCUGGAUUCUGAUGGCACCAUUACCAUAGAGGAGCAGAUUGUUCUUGUGCUGAAAGCGAAAGUACAAUGUGAACUCAACAUCACAGCUCAACUCCAGGAGGGAGAAGGAAAUUGUUUCCCUGAAUGGGAUGGACUCAUUUGCUGGCCCAGAGGAACAGUGGGGAAAAUAUUGGCUGUUCCAUGCCCUCCUUAUAUUUAUGACUUCAACCAUAAAGGAGUUGCUUUCCGACACUGUAACCCCAAUGGAACAUGGGAUUUUAUGCACAGCUUAAAUAAAACAUGGGCCAAUUAUUCAGACUGCCUUCGCUUUCUGCAGCCAGAUAUCAGCAUAGGAAAGCAAGAAUUCUUUGAACGCCUCUAUGUAAUGUAUACUGUUGGCUACUCCAUCUCUUUUGGUUCCUUGGCUGUGGCUAUUCUCAUCAUUGGUUACUUCAGACGAUUGCAUUGCACUAGGAACUAUAUCCACAUGCACUUAUUUGUGUCUUUCAUGCUGAGAGCUACAAGCAUCUUUGUCAAAGACAGAGUAGUCCACACUCACAUAGGAAUAAAGGAGCUGGAGUCCCUAAUAAUGCAGGAUGACCCACAAAAUUCCAUUGAAGCACCUUCUGUGGACAAAUCACAAUAUAUCGGGUGCAAGAUGGCUGUUGUGAUGUUUAUUUACUUCCUGGCUACAAACUAUUAUUGGAUCCUGGUGGAAGGUCUCUACCUGCAUAGUCUCAUCUUUGUGGCUUUCUUUUCGGACACCAAAUAUCUAUGGGGCUUCAUCUUGAUAGGCUGGGGGUUUCCAGCAGCGUUUGUUGCAGCAUGGGCUGUGGCACGGGCAACCCUGGCUGAUGCGAGGUGCUGGGAACUUAGUGCUGGAGACAUCAAGUGGAUUUAUCAAGCACCAAUCUUAGCAGCUAUUGGGCUGAAUUUUAUUCUGUUUCUGAAUACAGUUAGAGUUCUAGCUACCAAAAUCUGGGAGACCAAUGCAGUUGGGCAUGACACAAGGAAGCAAUACAGGAAACUGGCCAAAUCGACCCUGGUCCUGGUCCUGGUCUUCGGAGUACAUUACAUCGUGUUCGUGUGCCUGCCUCACUCCUUCACUGGGCUUGGGUGGGAGAUCCGCAUGCACUGUGAGCUCUUCUUCAACUCCUUUCAGGGUUUCUUUGUGUCUAUCAUCUACUGCUACUGCAAUGGAGAGGUUCAGGCAGAGGUGAAGAAGAUGUGGAGUCGGUGGAAUCUCUCCGUGGACUGGAAAAGGACAGCACCAUGUGGCAGCCGCAGAUGCGGCUCAGUGCUCACCACUGUGACGCACAGCACCAGCAGCCAGUCACAGGUGGCGGCCAGCACACGCAUGGUGCUUAUCUCCGGCAAAGCUGCCAAGAUUGCCAGCAGACAGCCUGACAGCCACAUCACUUUACCCGGCUACGUCUGGAGUAACUCAGAGCUGGACUGCCUGCCACACUCUUUCCAUGAGGAGACCAAGGAAGGUAGUGGGAGGCAGGGAGAUGAUAUUCUAAUGGAGAAGUCUUCCAGGCCUAUGGAAUUUAACCCAGACACUAAAGGAUGCCAAGGAGAAAUUGAGGAUGUUCUCUGAAUGGACAUUCGUGGCUGACUUUCAUGGGCUGGUCCAAUGGCUGGUUGUGUGAGAGGGUUUGGCUGAUAUUCCUAUGCCUGAAUUCAAAGGCUGAAAAUUCAGAGUUAAGGUGUUACUCAAUGAAAGUUUUUAGGCUCCAUGAAUCAGCUCCUGUAAAUACUAAAGACGUGAAAAGGCAAUUGUCAGUGGAGUAGUUUAUUACUUUCUCUUGGCAUCAGGUUUUCCACUAAAUUAAUGUACGGUAUUUUCUCUGUGAUUGUUCAUUUUUUUUCUGCUACUUUUGGGUAGAAAAAAGUUUCAAUUGCUUGGUGGUAGCUUUCUCUCGUAUAUAUCAUCCUAAAUAUAAUGAAGAUCAUUUAGUGUGUAUCAGUUUCCUUUUAGAAACUAGUAUUCUCUUAUUUCUUACUUUAAUGUACUUCUAUCAUUGCAUUUAUUUUGCCUGUGCAUAGGGGCAAUUAGGAUCUAAAAAUAUAUGUGGGAAGAUAAAAGUUCUAAGAACAAGUACUUGCUGGAAAAUUAGUUGGCUGGACAUUGAUAAAAUAAUGCAUUUAUAACAAUUACACAUGUUUCUAGGAACAAGGAAAAUUUUUCAAAAAAGAAUAUUUCACACAUCCUUUCUUUUGAAUGUCCUCUUUGUGACCAGCCAGACCUCAGGUCUUCACUCUUUCUUCUUUGUAAACCACGUUGUGUAGAAAGGUUUCCUCAGUUAUUAGCUUCCAUCUGCACAUUGAUUUUGUUUGUAAUUUAUUUUGAUAGCAAAUCACACUGCAUCUAUAUCUUUUUCUUGUCUGAGCUAUUACUACAUUGUACAUGGCAUGUGGGAUCAAUUAAAAAAUUGUUUUAAAA